AUGAAGCCAUUCAUCACAGUCUUAGUGCUUGCGGCUUCGGCCGUCAAUGCACUGCCCUCUACCAACUAUGUGCUUCACGAAUCGAGACAUGCUUCAGGUAUCCGGAAAAGGAGUUUGGCUUCACAAUACGCCAGAGCUGACUCUAAUGCCAUCGUUCCCGUCAAAAUUGGACUUGCGCAGUCUAAUCUCAACACUGGCUAUGACAGGCUAAUGGAUGUUGCUCAUCCUUCAUCUCCCAACUACGGCAAAUAUCUUAGCCAAGAUGAGGUCAUCGAGUUGUUCGCUCCGAAGAAGGAGAGCGUGACGGCUGUCAAAAACUGGCUCACGCAGUCUGGAAUAAGUGCUUCGCGUAUCAAGCACUACCAGAACAAGGGCUGGUUGUCUGUGGAUAUGCCUGUUCGCGAGGCAGAGGCACUCUUUCAGACUCAAUAUCAUGAAGUUGAGCACAAGGGUGCCUUGAAACUUGGGAGUGAAGAGUACUACCUUCCUCAACAUAUUCGAGAGCACGUUGACUAUGUCACACCUGGUGUCAAGCUUUCGUCGCCCAUGAAGAAGCGAUCUAUCACUCGAGGCAACCACCAAAGGAGCCGUCCAUACAAGGUAACACCGUCUCCUGCUGAUUGGCAAGAUGCGGCUACAAUAGAUGCACAUCAUCUGGGACAUGAUCUCGCGGGGUGUGCCAAGAACUUCACCCCACCGUGUUAUCGGGCCCUCUACAAGAUCCCAGAGGAUAACAAAGCCCUUGAAGGAAACUCUGUGGGCUUGUACGAGUCCGGAGACACAUACUCGCAAGAGGAUAUCGAUCUCUUCUUCGCCAAGUACGCUCCAUAUAUCCCUCAAGGCACUUCACCAAUCCCUGCUUUUGUUGACGGCGCAGUCGCUCCGGUGCCUGUGGACUCUGACUACAACACGGGCGAGUCGGAGAUCGACAUCGAUAUCGUUGCUUCUUUGGUUUACCCUCAGACUAUCACGCUUUACCAGGUUGACGACAUUCCAAACUUGAGCAGCGGCAUUGCCGGCUUUCUGAAUACUUUCCUCGAUGCUCUAGAUGGUUCUUACUGUACCAAAACCGCGUAUGGAAUCACUGGUGAUAGUGCUGGUAUCGACGCUUCGUAUCCGGAUACUGCUCCUGGUGGUUACAACAAGACAGAGAUGUGCGGCGUCUACACCCCAACGAAAGUCAUUUCGAUCUCUUACGGCGAAGCCGAGUUGGAUCUUCCUAAGAACUACAUGUAUCGACAAUGCGAUGAGUUUUUAAAGCUUGCGCUGCAAGGAACCACCACCCUAAUCGCUUCGGGUGAUUAUGGUGUCGCUAGUUUUGCUGGCGAUAUCACCGAGAGCGGUUGUCUUUCCGGGUACAACUUGACUGAAACAAUUUACAACCCAGAUGCUGUUAGUGCGUGUCCAUAUGUGACGUCUGUCGGUGCUACACAGUUGCAGCCCAACCAGACAAUUCAUGACCCCGAGUCCGCUAUGCAAACAGCAUUGGCACCAGCUCCAAGUCCCGAAUCCCGCUUCUCGAGCUCUGGUGGCUUCUCCAACUAUUUUCCAGCUCCGGACUACAUGAAGGAUGCUUUGGACACCUACUUCUCUAAGCACGAUCCCGGCCACCCGUCUUAUAUCGCCAACGAGAACGCCACUAACAUUGGUGAGGGUGGCGGUUUAUACAACCGUGCUGGCCGUGGAUUCCCUGAUAUAUCUGCCAACGGAGCGAACUUCCGCGCCUUCAACGGUGGAAACGACUACCACUGGUUUGGCACAAGCCUAGCCGCACCACUGUGGGCUGCUGUUUUGACGCUCAUCAACCAAGAGAGGCAGGCUAUUGGUAAAUCGCCUGUCGGAUUCAUCAACCCGGUUCUCUACGCCAACCCCGAUAGCUUAACGGAUAUCAAAAAUGGAAGUAAUGCAAACUGUGGUAGCAGUGGUUUUCCAGCUGUCGAAGGAUGGGAUCCAGUGACAGGCUUGGGCACGCCAAACUACCCAGCAUUGUUGGAUCUCUGGUUGAACUUGCCGUAG